GGCAGCCAGAGGCAACCUGGAUAUCUCCUGCAGCUUCAACUUAUAUCCUGAAUGGUCUGAACUCAGUUUCCUGGCCUACAUAAUACAACUUUUUCCAACAUGCUGUGCAUCAAAGUAGUUCACUGGGAACACUGUAAAUUAGCAUUACAGGUCAGUGGAACCAUGUACAACACUGGAAGGCAUGUGUCCUUGCGUCUGGACAAGGAGCACUUGGUCAACAUAUCAGGAGGGCCAAUGACAUACAGCCAUCGGCUGGAGGAGAUCCGGCUGCACUUUGGGAGUGAGGAUAGCCAGGGGUCAGAGCACCUCCUCAACGGACAAGCCUUCUCUGGGGAGGUGCAGCUCAUCCACUAUAACCACGAGCUAUAUACCAAUGUCACAGAAGCUGCAAAGAGCCCAAAUGGAUUGGUGGUAGUUUCUAUAUUUAUAAAAGUUUCUGAUUCAUCGAACCCAUUUCUUAAUCGAAUGCUCAACAGAGAUACUAUCACAAGAAUAACAUAUAAAAAUGAUGCAUAUUUACUACAAGGACUUAAUAUAGAGGAACUAUAUCCAGAGACCUCUAGUUUCAUUACUUAUGAUGGGUCCAUGACUAUCCCACCCUGCUAUGAGACAGCAAACUGGAUAAUAAUGAACAAACCUGUCUAUAUAACCAGGAUGCAGAUGCAUUCCUUACGCCUGCUCAGCCAGAAUCAACCAUCUCAGAUCUUUCUGAGCAUGAGUGACAAUUUCAGGCCUGUCCAGUCACUCAACAACCGCUGCAUCCGCACCAACAUCAACUUCAGUUUACAAGGGAAGGACUGUCCAAACAACCGGGCCCAGAAGCUUCAGUAUAGAGUAAAUGAAUGGCUCCUCAAGUAGGGAACCAAGCCAAGAAUUCCACCUCAGUGAAAUGCUACGACUGUGAAUUGAUGUAACCUAAAAUGUCCCCUUUCUUUCUUCUCUCUCCUUCCCUCCUUCAAGCCUCAUUCACUCUGUGGAUUGGCCCUUCCUUCAUAAAAAGUGUCUGCAAAACCUUGGCAGAGGAGUACGUCUCUUACACACACUCACAAACACACACAAGCACACACACAUGCAAAUAUACAAACACACUCACACAGCACCCAAGAUGGGAAGUCAAGUUUCAGAAACAAAAGGCUCAUUCAUAAAAGGUUUUAGAAGAAAAUAACCAACUAACCAGAUUACAAUUUUGAUACUGUUUUCUGGAACAAAUAAAUCUACCCAAUGAGACUUUUCAGCCUUUGUACAUACAAAAUUCUUCUGAGAGAGAGGAGAAAACACAGCUCUGACAGCAUCAAGUGGACUUUGUUCUUUGCAUUGAGUAAUCUUGGAUAGUGUCCUAAGAUCCUUUAAAGGUGCUGGUAACAGGUGAGCCAGGAUAAAGUUGGCCAAGGACACAUUUCUAGAUUAUCAUUCUUCUGUUUACUCAACAAUUUUAAAAGGACAGACAUUGAAGAGAUACAUAUUGCGUGUGUGUGUGCGAUAUAACCACACAGACUAUUAAAAAAAUGGAAUUAUUGCUCCUCUUUGUCAUAUAUCUAUACUAGGACUUGUCAAGAUCAGAUUGAUCCAUUGCUGUUUCUUAUUUUCCAAAGGUCAUACAUUGUGUUUGGUUAUUGUUAACAGCUCAAUAAAUGUGUUUAACAAGUUAAUUUCAUUUUUCUUGCUUUGAUCUAUUCUUCUUCCUUACAGGCUCAGCCCUGUUUUCAUACAACUGCAUUCUUGCUUUUACUUGUUCCUUCAUCUAUGUUUUGUUAAUUUGCAGCCAGUUUUUACUGAAUUUGUGGCAAUCAGGAAUGCAUUUGAUAAGCUAAGCAUAAUUUUAAUUCCACUCCAUGGCUUGAUCAUGCAUAGGAGGUGAGCUUCAUCCUGAGAUAGCAGGCAACAGAUUUCUUGCAUUUCAAAACUUCUACCCUCAUGCCAAUGAUGCUCCCUUGAAGGAAUGCACUUUGCCUUGUAAAUUCUUGGGUAAGGGGUGUCUUUUCUCUCCAGGUGCAACUGGAUCUCACAAAGUACAAAUGAAUGCCUUUCUUUUCUUGUUUAUAAUGGUCACUCACUGUGUUUGGUUACUGUCAAGAAAUCAAUAAAUGUGUUUAACAAGUUACUCAGUA